GUGUUAGGCCCGAAAUGCCGCCCAGGACAUAUCGUUUUCCAGGAAAUCCAUCCGGGGCGCUUUCUGCAGGUCACACGCCCACCAGCCCCCACUUCUCUUCCCUCCCGGCACUUGCCCGGCACCAUUCUUGCUCUCUCCGUCCCGCCGACCUUCCGCAUAAUCAGAUCUCCAACGAUGAGGCCGGUCCGACCGCCCGCCUCUCGAGCCCCCGCCGACGUAGCGCGGGGUGUACUUAAAGAGUGAACGCACAGGCGUCUUCCCCAUCGUACUCCCCCCUCCCCCAUUCUUCCCCCACAUUGCCCCGCAUGGUCAACACGAUUACCAAGAUUGAGGUCUUCCGCCUCCCGCCACGCUGGGUAUUCAUCCGCGUCGAUACCUCCAGUGGUGUCGUCGGCUGGGGUGAGGGCACACUUGAAGGUCACGAUGAAGCUGUCGAGGGCGCAUACGCCGACCUUGCCAGUCGCUUCGUCGGCUGGGAUGCCGACAAGAUCGAAGACAUCUGGCAACAUGCUUACCGUGGUCGCUUCUACCGAGGAGGACCCGUUCUCAUGAGCGCACUCGCCGGCCUCGACAUCGCCCUCUGGGACAUCAAGGGCAAGACACUCGGCGUCUCCGUCGCCUCCCUCCUCGGCGGCGCGAUCCGCGACCGCAUCCGCGUCUACGGCUGGGUCGGCGGCGACAAGCCCUCCGACGUGCUCGAGGCGGCGAAGGUCCGCAAAGCCGAGGGCUUCGACGCGAUCAAGAUGAACGGCACGGGCAGCGUCCCCUGGCUCACGCCGCCCGCGCUGCUGCAGGAGACGGUGGAGAACCUGAAGGCGGUGCGCUCGCUCGGGCUCGACGCCGGCGUCGACUUCCACGGGCGCGUGCACAAGGGGACGGCGAAGCAGCUCGCGAAGGCGCUCGAGCCGUACGGGCCGCUGUUCAUCGAGGAGCCGCUGCUGCCGACGCAGCCGCUGGAGAUCGCGGAUCUGGCGAAGCAGACGACGAUCCCGAUCGCGCUCGGGGAGCGCCUGUACUCGCGCCAGGACUACCGUCCGUACUUCGAGGCGCGCUGUGUCGAUGUUGCCCAGCCAGAUAUUGCCCACUGCGGUGGCAUCUCUGAGCUGCGCCGAAUCGCCGCCUACGCAGAGACCUACGACGUCUCCGUCGCACCCCACUGUCCUCUCGGCCCCCUCGCCUUCGCCGCCAGCUUACAAGUCGACGCCGUCACCGUGAACUUCGCCAUCCAAGAAAUGUCCUGGAAGAUGCACUACAACUCGCAGAACAUGUCCGAGGCGGACCUCAUGACCUACAUGCUCAACCCUGAGGUCUUCCAGGUCAAGGACGGGCGCGUGGACGUGCUGCAGGGCCCGGGCCUUGGCAUCGAGAUCAACGAGCCGUUGGUGCGCGAGACGGCGAAGAAGUACGGGGAGAUGAAGGAGUACAAGCCGUGGAGGAACCCGACGUGGCGCGGGGAGGACGGGGAGCUGCGCGAGUGGUAGACUGGUGGGACUUUGGAAGCUAAUGCGCUGUGUAUGAAUUAGAUGAAUUUGCUGCCUCGGCAUCAUUCUCUCCCAA